AUGGAAGCAUAUAAAGAACAAGUCGGAACCAUGGAGCAACUGAGAACACUAGAAGAAUCGCGAAACAAGAAUGGAAUACCAUACCGUGGUUUUCCAUUUUACCCCUUCAAUUCUGUAGUUUCGCACCAUUAUUUGGAAAAGUUGCACAAGGAGUAUGAAAAGAUGCAGACAAAGGGAGACAAGUUUGUAUGUGCUCAUAAGCUGAGAUUAACUCAUGAUAUUCCUUGUGGCUGUGAGAUGAAGGUGACAGUGGACGCAGAUCUGGCGAUUCAGGUUUCUAAUCUCAACCCAUUUUGGGCUAAUCUCAAUAUCGACGAGAGUCCCAUCAAUACUAGGCCUGAUGGACUGUCAGAUGAUCAAGUCUUGUGGAAACAUUUGGUUGGUGUGGUUGAGAAUGGAGAUCCAUUGGUUAUGCGCAGGGCGAGUGGUUGGCUCUAUGAUCAAAUUUACCCAGAUAGAGGGCCUUCAAAGCAACCGGAGAAGAAGAAGAAGAAAGGCAAGGGGCACCCAAAAGGAAGCAAGAACAAGCCACGUGAACAAGUCUAUACUCAAUGGGAUUUUCAGCAGCCUGAUGGGCCUCCUCAAGAUGUGGUACAGCAAAACAUUUACGAAUAUGAUGACCUAGAGAGGAUUGUGCCUUGUAUGAUUCCCUACAUUACUGGAUAUGUUGAUGUGCUGGGUGAUGGAAACUAUGGAUUCCGCGUUAUGGCGAGCCAUUUGUUUGGAUCCGAGCAUCAAUGGCAUAAUGCUAGAAGAAUUGUCGCAGAUGAGCUAGAGGAACGUCCAGAUUUGUACGAUUUCUUCUUCGAAAGGGACAUUCCCAAGCAUGUUCACCGCAUACGAUGGUAUGAGAGUCCUUGUUCUGAAGAUUAUUACAUGAUUACUUUUAUGGACUUGCUCGUGUAUGCCACUCGCUUCAACAUGGUUAUCUUCUUGUACGGGCAUGGAGUAAGAGGUCAGAAUAUGAAUACAUCAUUGAGCACUAUAUUACCCCUUAUCGCUCCCAGGGGCCCUAAUGGGCCUUUAACCGGACCUGUUCGGGAGAUUGCCAUCGCUCACCUGGGCGAUUACAAGCAUUACAUUCGGCUAGAUUUUGUGGGUUCAAAUUUUUCAGUUCCGUCCAUACCUUAUCAAUGGUUCCUCCACCGUGACACUUCUGUUAUUGGUUGGGAGCAGCCAUAUCUCAAGAGAAUAGAGCUUUGGCACACUUUAUGUCCCGAUAAUGGACGGACACAAUCCCCUCAGUCUUCUCCCUUUAAUGUUGAGUAG